AUGUCACUCUCGCCAUUUAAUCUUAAAGUGGUUGGAAUACCAACGAAUAUCGACUUGGCCAGAGUAAUGACAUGCCUAUUUGAGAAAGAUGUUGAAUUUCGUCACAUUCCUGGGUCAAUAGGACGAAGAUUUGCAGUAGUUCAGGAGAUCGGGAAAACUGAUUUUUGUUACGAAUCGAGAAGUACAUGCAAGUACGUUUGUGAGAAGUUUAGUGAGAAAGGGAAUCGAGAACUGUAUGGAAGGAAUCCAUUGGCAAAGAAGAGCAUAGAGGAGUGGAUGAAAAUGGAGGAGGAGAGAUUUGAUUCACCUUCACGUAUUCUCACGUAUUACAAGGGACUUAAUUCUUUUUCAAUGAGAAAAAUGAGUUUAGAAGAGUUGGGUGAGAUGAUGGAGAUAUAUGAGAAUACACUCGGGAAGAGUCGUUACCUAGCUGGGGAUGAAUUCACACUUGCAGAUCUCUUCCAUCUUCCCCAUGUUCAUGGCUUGGACAAUAUCACUGACACCGCUCCACUAUUUGCUUCUCCAAACCUUUCCAGAUGGUGGAAUGAUAUCUCCUCUCGUCAUUCUUGGAUGAAGCUUCUUCAAAUUCGCCAAGAAUACUUGAAAAGGAAUUAA